CUAUUCAAUUUUCUUCCUGCAUCAAGAAAGUAUGUAUUUUUAUCCGUAACCCGAGAACUGGAUGUGAAGUUUUGUCAGGGAUGGAUUUUCACAACUUGAAAAGAAGGGAACUGCAAGAAUUAUGCAAGAAGCACAAAAUUCCUGCAAAUUUAACCAAUUUGGAGAUGGCCACCAAACUUACUGCCCUUUUAAGGGGCAAUCAACAGCCCUUAACUCGAGGGCGAAGGUCGUGUUUGAAGGGUUUAGAAGAAAAUGUGAGCGAAAAUGAAUCUGAUUUUGAAAAUAGGCCAGCCAAAAAAGUUAGGUUUAGUCCACAAAAUGAGAUGAUUGAGUUUGAGAAGUCAGCAGUUAAGUGUAUGGAGACAAGGGGUCGAGGAAGGCGAAAAUCUGCUAUGAAUCACAGUAAGGGUGGUGAGGUUGUGGAAAAUGAUAGUCCUGUUAUUUUGGUGGAUGAGGGAGUUGGAAGGGGCAGAAGAUCUAGAAGGGGGAAAGUGAUAGAAGGCAGCUAUGUAAAGAGAAAGGGAGGGAAAAUGGGGGUAGAAGAUAAUGUUUUGAAGGAUAAAUUACCGUCUGCCAGUGGUGUUGUAGGUAUGAGUAGCGAUGCUCCGAUGGAUGAAGGUGCUGGAAGGGUUACAAGGUCUAGAAAGGUUAAAUUCAUGGAGGAUUGCGAGGUUGAGAGCAAGGGAGGUAAAAAGGGGAUGAAAGCUGAUGCUUUGAAGGGUGAAUUGCCUUCUGCUGCUGCUGAUAAUGCACCUUUAGUUGAUUUUAGUAACGAAGAGCAUGUAGUGGUAGGGAAGAGAUGUUUGAGGAAUAGAGUCGUCGAUGUGGAGAAGAAGAAAAUUGCCCUAGUGGAGAAGGGGUCUCAGCAGAAUGAAGAGGACUUACUGGUGAGAAAGAGAUCUUUGAGGAAUAUAGAGCUAAAAGAUAACGAAAUGAGGGCAUAUGAGGAUGUGGAGAAGGGUUCUAGGAAACCAGAAAGACAGGUGAAGGACAUGCGUAGGAAGGAUAUUGUUAGAACUAAAGCAACCGAGGAAGAACCUGAGGCCAUUCAAGCUGAAAAGGUGUUGCGGAGGUCAAGGAGACAUGUUGCCAAGAUGGAAUGCCACAAACUGGUAAAGGAGGAUGUGAGAAAAAUUGAAAAGGCUGUACAAAGAAGAUUGAGAAGCAUUGUAGCUGUUGAGGUAAAGGAAGUUUCUGAGGUUGACAGUGUUUCUGGAAUGAUGAAGGAAAGUUAUCCAUUUGACGAGAAUCUAAGGAGGUCUAAAAGGAAUGCUGCUAAACCUGAAGUUAUAUACACUAGGGAGCAAACUGACAAAGUGGCCAAUGCUAAAGGUAAAGAAGAAAGUAAAAAGCGAAGAAGGGAUGCUUUUCUUCAAGAACAAGCUGUUAAGGUUGAUGGUAACUCCGUUGAAAGGCCUCUUAGACGAUCUACACGAAAUACUGAAAAAAUUGAGAGAGUUGCAGCAACAACUGUAAGAGGAAAAGUUGCUCAAAAACAGAAGGGCAAAUCAAAGAAAACAAGAGGAAAGUUUGAAGAUUCUUUCACUGAAAAAAUCUUGAUAACUGAGGAUCUUUCGGCUCCUGAAGCUGAGCUUAUGAUCCCUGAAAUUGCGAAAGAUACUGUAAUCGAUAAUUUUAAUGUUGUAGUAGAUUUGACAGGAUAUGUUUCUGAUUUAAAUGGUGCAGAUACUUCUGAGCCAAACUUCAUUGGAGAGGACCAGGACUCAGGUUCAGUUUCUGGUACAUUUGUUAAUGCUGAUUCUCCUUUUACAGAUAACAGGGUAGAAAAGAAAGUUCCUGGCACUAAUGGCAAAAGUGUGCACCCUCUGUCAGAUGAUAAUGAUGUACAAAAGCAAGGAGGUGAAACAUGUACUGACGAGAGUAGCAAAUGGGGAAAUGACUCUGAGGAAGUAUUAUAUAUGAGAAUGUCAGAGAGCAUAAUUCCAGAAACAUAUUCCACCUCUGUUUGUGAGCACUGCAAAGAACAACAGAUGCAUGAAAGCAUUGCACACGAAAGUGGGCAGCUCAACUUGGAAGAGAGUUAUUUUGGAGAUCAUGAAAAGUCCCUUCCCGUUGCUGUUUGUAAAGUUGCAACCAUAGAUACACUCAAUUGUUGUACCUUGGAUACUGCUGUCAAUCCUUUGGAUAAUGCUGUUCAAAAUGAGCAAGAUGGCCAUUCAAAUUUCAAGCGUGGCACUUUGGAGGAAUAUUGGCAUCCUAGUUCAUCUGAUGCAUUGAGGUUAAGUACAACAAGAGAGGUGCAGGAUGGAAAUGUUGAUAGUGGUGAAGAUACUCAUCAGCCUCUUGAAAUGCAUCGAAUUGUUUCAGCGGUCACUCCAAUAUCAGCCAAUGCUGUUGAAUCAUUGAUAGAGUUUACCCAAAGCAACUUUGAUUCUAUAAGAGUGGAGCUUCACAAAUCCAAUAUUUUGGAGUUGCAAGAUGGCCUCAACUGCAACGUUGCAGGGGAAUCGCUAGAUGCAGCGGAUUUGGAGACACAAUUAGAGCCAAGGGCACAAUCACCAAUUGAACAAGGGAGGGGCGUUGAGGCUAAGUUAAUUGAAGAUGGAGAUAAUCUUGUAGAAUUGAGUGACUAUGAAGAGGUUGGACAUUUAAAACAUAAAGCUGAUGCCAUCCAUGACAGUUGUCGGUCUAAUGAGUUGGAAUCAGUUGCCCGAAAUAAGUUGUGCGUUUUACCAGAGCAAGGCGCCACUAAUGAUGAAGAGUCUGUUGUCAUAUCUGAUGCACAAGGGGUAAUUUUAUCCUUACAUGGUGAAGGUACCCCAAUUACCAAUGGAGGAAAACAUACAGAAAUAAAGCUAAGUGCAAGUAAACAUCAUUCAGUGACCGCUACUAUUGCAAAUUCCAGUUCCAUUUUAAGACAUCGAUCUGCCAGUGCUAACACUAAAAAUGAGAACUCUAUUUUGGCAGAUGAUAAUGCACAAAAUCAAGGAAUAGUUGAUGAUUGUAUGUCAGUAGACGUACAGGCUACUUCCAAGAAUAAAGAUGAAAAUCAUCAAGGUGAAAAUACAAGGUUAAUGAACUCUGGGGAAGCAUUGAAGCAGAAGGAGGAAUCAUCUUGUGGGGAAAGGAAUAGUCAUGAGGUUCAUUACCAUUUUCAACUAGGCACAUAUUUUACCCAUCAUGAGCUGAUAUCUCGUGAAUAUGGUAAAUCUGAUGGAGAUGGGCAGUCAAAGGAUUGCUGUGACACCUCUGAUGAGUGUCAGGAUUCGCUUCGUGAUGCUUCCAGAAGCAGCAUCGAUAAGAUACUACAGGAGGAAAAUGUUCAUGGUGGCGAAACUUUUGUUGUGCCUUCCCAUUUGCAUGAAAAAGCUUUAGCUUCGACUCUAAUAUCUACCACCGCUAUUGAAACAGAGUGCAAGUUUGGUGAAAGCAUUUUUGAUACUAACAGAGUGGAAUUGCCUAAAGCCAAAUUCAACUUUGAAUUCCUAGGGGCAUUUACUGAAAAAGUGGGCUCGGAGAAACAGUCAGAAGUACGGACUCAAUCACCAAAUCAGCAAAGGAAAGGUGUGGAUGGAGAUUUUGCAGUUGAAGCAUACACAGCGCUAGCAGAUGGGCAGAAUAGUGCAGAAGUAGCUAAACUUGAAGAGGGUGGACUAUUGAAGGAUCAAGAUGUUGCCCCCAGUGAUUCUCUGCAGCAUGCUGAAUUUGAUUCCUCUGCAAGAAGUAAGUUUAGCUUCAUAAAGGAUCAAGCUGUCUCUUGUGCUGAAGCUAUUGAUGGGACAGCCAAUUCGCACUUUGUUGCUGAACCAUACACAGCAUUAGAAGAUGGGCAGAAUAGUGAAGAAGUAGCUAAAUUUGAAGAGAUUGGACAUUCUAGGAAUCCAGAUACUUCCUUUGAUUGUCUGCUGCAUGCUCAGUUCAAUUCCUCCACAAGAAGUACGUUUAGCUUCAUCCAGGAUCAAGGUGUCCCCAUCACUGAAGAUACUGUGGAGAAAGUUCAUUUAUCUCCACCUUCUGUAGCCACCAACAACACUGAAGAAAGAAAUAAAGGAAUUGAGCUCAGUGCAAGGAAAUGCAAUUCAUUGAACAAAACUCUUUCAAAUUCAAGUUUCUUCUCAGAAUGUCAGCGAGAUAUAGCUUGUGGCGAAGGGGAAACAAAUGAGGAAAGUGAUCCCAUUGAAGCAUAUCACAUGAUACAAAUGGCUUCGACUAGUAAGGACUAUAAUUCAGAAGGAUGUGAUAAAAGCAUGGAUGGAAGUUUGGAUGGGGUCAUUGAUGCAUUAAAUGUUGAAUUAGGAUCAAAGACAGAUGUUGAACUAGGAUUAGUGACAGAAAGCAUGGGAGCCAAUGGAAAUUAUGUACUUUGUUUUGAGGCUGAUACAGGAGGAGAGAUGCUAGAAAGCAGCACUGGAGAAGAGAGUGGGCCAUUUAACCUGGAGGCUACAAAUGAACCUGAAAGUGUUCACUCCCUUGAUACUGCCCCAGAAGUAGCCACUAUUGUUACACUUGAUAGUUGCCCCUUACACAGUGCCCAGACUCCUUCAAAAAGCUGCAACAAAAAUGAACAUGGUCAAAAACUUGAAUUGACUGAUGAGCCUGUCAGUCUCUCAACCACUGAGGAAGAGAAAAAUAAUCUGAGUUCUGAAGACGAAGUGAAACAUGAUUUUUUGUCUUUGAAAAAGAUUAGUAGCUCAGGAAGGGAUGGAUGCUCUGGUCAACAUGACGUGGUGCAUAGUAGGGAAGAACAAGAAAAAGAUAUUUCCAGUUAUGAAGAGCUUGUGGAUUCUGAAACAGCUGUAGAUUAUGAAACUCAGAGAACAAAUCAGCAGAAUAUCUUCCCUACUGCUGCUGAAGGGAACCCCGAUGGAUGCAAUUUCAGCAAUAGCUGGCAUGGAGAUGAACUUAAAAUGCUGUUUGGUAACUCAGAAACCAGUCACAAGGUUUUAUGUCUUCAGGAGAGGGAUGAUGGAGCUUAUGCUAAAUCCGUGUCUGAGUUUGCUUCUGAAUUCAAGGAUAAUUUGGUGCUUUCUAAUAGCACUCCAGCGCAACAUGAUGAUCAGAAGAUUGGUGAUUCUGAAAUUCAGAAGGAAAAUGAAGUAGGGAAGAGUAAUACAAGCGAAACCUCUGCUAAGUUUUUGGAAGAUAAUCAAAAUGAUAAGCAUGCUGAGUCUGGCACUGAAGUUCCUACUUUCAGCAGUUUAGAAAUGAAUAUACAUCCACAAGAGAGCAAAGGGGAUCAGAGCUUUUCAUUUGACCAAAGCAAGGAUGUUAAAGUUGAAAUAGAAACUUCUGAAGCUACUUUUGUUGGUGAAGAAGUUACCACGCUAGGCCAUGAUGCUGAAGAUAAAGUUGGAGAGUUAGUUAUUCAGGAUUCUUUUGCUUCUGAAUCUUUCAUCUCCAAGAGUCAUGAGUUGUCUAAGGAGUGUGAUGAUGAUACCAUGAUAGACUAUAUCAAUUCAGAGUCUACAGAAAAUGUUCCUUCAAUGAUCAAUAGCCCCGAGAAAAACUUGAUUAUUGAUGCCUUAGCAGCUGUUGCAGAACUCGCAAAUUUGGUUGAGCCAGAGGCAAAAAAUGUGGAAAAGACUGGUACUGCUGAUAUAAAAAAUGUAAUUGUGCCUGCUGAAGAACAAAAAGAUGGUGAAGCAAGGGAAGAAUCAAACCAUCAAUAUCUUGAAGAUGCUGGAGGAGUUCUUGAAGAUACUAUAGCAAUGCAUUCAGAGACACACUCCAGUUCAAAUAAAAACUCAGAUUCAGCAGCAGAUGAGAGCAUCAAAUCACCUUCCAAGCCAUUCAUGUCUACUUUCAAAGGGAAGAAUAGGAGAACCAUUCUAAUACAUGGAACACCAAACAAGCUGCAAACAGCAGUGGAUAUGAAGGAGAAUGCACCAAAUUCCAAAUUAGAAAAAGUUGGUACUUGGACAACAGUGAGACCAGCAGCAAAGAGGCCAGCCCUUAAGGAUCUUCUGCAUAAAUAGAAGGGGUCUCUGUUCUUCUGUGCUGAUACAGCAAGUGAUCCCAGUGAAUGGAUGCAUAUCUCAUGCAAGUAGUUCCUGGAUAUGCACGUGAGUGAUGUAAUAUUGUACUUUUUUUUCUUGUUUUCCUGAGUUAAAAAUGGUCUUGUUUUGUAAAUCAGACGUUGUCAAUGGUGGGAAAAGAACUGAACAAGUUUUUUUAGUUGUUUACUGAGAAAAAUUGUGAUCACUGACCGAUAAUAUCAGAAUGAUAAUUUUUCUUGCCCU